AUGGCAGAUGAGGAAGAAGAGAGGGUUCUGGAAGAACAGUUGGACCUCCAGCUAAAAGAACAGAAGGAUUCUCUGAAUGCCAUCGACGAUGCUCUAUCCGUCGAUCCCUCUAACCCUGAACUCCAAUCGGUUUAUGAUGAGCUUGUUCAGGCCAUCAAAGAUGCCGAGGAAGGGCUUCUUCACCUAAAACGUGCAAGGUUGUUACGAGAGGCAGAUUCUGUUCUUCAAGAUUCUCUUCAUCCUGAUGAUGUCAAAGUGGACUCUCUUGAUGCAACAAAUGUUGAAGCUGAGCCACUGGUGGAUCAAAGUAACACUAUUGGAUCAAAAUGUAGAUUCCGGCAUACUGAUGGACGAUGGUACAAUGGUUUCAUUGUUGCAUUGGAAGGCUCUCAAUCUGCAAAAAUUUCUUUCCUCACACCAACAUCUGAAAGCAUGUUGAUGUGCAAGUUCUCUCUACAGCAACGAUGUCGAUUUGGUAGUAAUUGCCGCUUUUCACAUGGGAUUGAUGUCCCGUUAUCUGCAUUAAAGAAGUAUAGUGCGACAACUUGGGAGCAAUCACUGGUGGGUUCCAGCAUUUUGGCCCUUGCAGAUUGUAAAUCUGGCAUCUGGAGAGAAGCUGAACUUGAAUUAUGGGAUGAUAAACUCAAAACGGGGGAAGUUAUUUUUCGAGAUGAUGGAAGUUCUGCAAAGCUCGGAGCUGAAGCUAUUACAUUGUCCAAAUAUGCUCAGAUGAGUGAUGAAGAAGAGAGUGACCUAGGUUCAGAGCAAUCUGAUUCGAGUGACUAUGAAGAUGAUAGUUCACAAGGGUUAGGGUUUUUAGAAAGCUCAACCUUGCAAAGAGGAGUCCAGACUGAAACUACGAUUUUAGCCAAGUGGGAGAAUCACACCCGGGGAAUUGCUUCCAAAAUGAUGGCAAAUAUGGGUUACCGUGAAGGAAUGGGGUUAGGCGCGUCUGGGCAGGGAAUUGUGGAUCCUGUUUCUGUGAGAGUCCUUCCACCAAAGCAAUCUCUUGGUCACGCUGUGAAUACUCCUGAAUACAAAGAAAAUAAAGAUAAUGGAGGAAAGAAACGUAGUCGGGGUGGGAAGAGGAAACGUGAUAAGAAAUUUGCAGCCUCAUCUCGAGCUGCUAAAGAGGAAGAGGAUUCAAAACCAGACGUCUUUUCUCUUAUUAAUACCCAGCUCGCAAUGCAGGGAAAGAUAUUACGUGGUGGGUCAACGAAAACGCACCAGAAUGUGCCAAAUGGUGGAGGAAAGAUAGAGGGUAGACGGGCCCUUGUUGCUUAUGACGACGAGAUAAAGGAUUUGAGGGUUCAAAUUACGAGACUAGAAGAAAUGGUGGGCCGGAACAGGAAAGAAAAGGUAGUGUAUGAGGCUGCUAUGAGGAAACUGAAUGAAACUCGAAAAGCUUUGGCCGAUGCUGAGUCUGCUCAAGCAUCUGCAUCAAAUGCAGUUGUCAGCAAAGAGAGAGAGAAGAAAUGGCUAAAGUUUUGA